GCAACCCACACACCUGUAUUAGUUUAAAUAAUAUUGAAAUGGACAAUUUGCGAUAUAUUGUACCUGUGUACCUGUAUGGCCUGACCUGUUUCAGAAUCCUGACAUCGUUCUUGUCCACUACCUGAAUGUCCCCUACCCUGACAACACCAAACUGAGCAUUCCUGUUUUAUCUUACGACAUGGAGAAGAAAGAAUGGACCAAGGAGGAACUUGUUGAUCAGCUCAGGCCGAUGUUGGCGUGUGGCAGGAGAGUGGAUCUUGGUCCUGAGCAAGAACACAUGGUUGAAGAAACAAUUGAAGACUUUGUUCAACAGUUGAUUAACCUUCGGCAGGACAAAUCAGGCAAAGCCAAACCCCACAAAUGCACUCCUUCCUGUGACAAAAACUUUCCUCAUUCCAAAUGCACCAAGGACUCAUCACCUCCUAACACAGCCAGCCUGGCACACAAUCGCCUAGUGUCCAUGUUGCAGCGCCACACCCAACGCAGCGCCACCCAGUCGGUAGCCCCGCCCACUCCCGAGCUUCACACCAGCCAGGUGGUGAUCACGCCCACUACGGCCCCCUCGUCCAACUCCACUCAAGACUUGAACCACACAGCUGCAGCUCCUGCUCCUCUCAUUCUAAACCUAGCAAGUCUCCACGGCAGUAACGGUCUGAUCUUUGUCAGCGGACAUAACACAUCACCCAUCUCCAUCAUCAACAACUCUCUCACCACGCCCAUUCACACCAUCACCGCGGCAACCCUGGACACGCAGGGCCGUUUCCCUCAGCCUCAGAUACUCCAAACCAUUCCCCAAGUGCUUGCUGGUGUCAAGCAGGAUGAUAAAUUGUCACAACAUAUUCACAAUCUCCAUGCGCAUGACUCGAACAGAAAGUCUCCCGUUCCGAUGAAUAUUGCAAGUGAUGCUCUGUUGGAGCUGGCAGGCACCCCGCAGGAUUCGAAGGAUCUUUUUUUCGAUCAAAUGUCAGCUACAAUCUCAGAUACUCAGCGAAAUCUCCACAAUACAUUAGACUCGCUCAUUCGCGGGGACUGCUCGCACACUGUGGGAACACUAGUGAAAGAUAAUUCGGGGACUGAUAAUUGUGAUACUCUUGAUGGCAGCUUUUCCUCAUUUCCCAGUACUGAUCUCAAUCUUGAUUAUCUUCUCGACUUGCCCGAACUUUAUGACUGUCCUGAUUUGCCCGACACAAAUGCAAGUCUCGGGACGUCAAGUGGCGGAAUGCCGACUUCUGUCCCGCUCAUCAAUUGUGCUAACUGCCUCAGCAACCAACAAGCUCAACAAUCACAGCAGCAACGGGCAGAGUCGCAUCAAUCUUCAACAUCGACGUCUGCUACGUCAGACACGCAGACAGCAGACAACACUCACUCACAGACUGACACAGACAGCAGCUUCUCUCAGGGCGUCAUCACAGACUUCUCCCCUGACUGGUGCUACACAGAUGGUGGCACAAAGAUCCUGGUGACAGGCCCAUGGUUCUCCACGUCCACGUCCUACUCUGUUGUGUUCAACAGUAAGACGGUGCCUGCUACACUUGUACAGGCAGGGGUUCUCCGGUGCUUCACUCCAGCACAUGACGCCGGCCUGGUAACGCUGCAGGUGGCCAAUGAUGGGUUUGUCAUCUCCAACAGUGAGGUGUUCGAGUACAAGGCUCGGGAGAAGCACAGCACGCAGUCAGCUCACAACGAAUGGUUCUCAAUGGAUUCGACGGAGAUGAAACUGCUGCUGGUGGAGAGGUUGGAACAACUGGAGAAGAGGCUCAUGCCAGCUGACAAGAACACAACUUUCCUUGACAAGCAGCAUGCCCUGAAUGUUGACCAUGAGAACACCGAGUGUCGUCUUGUGCAGUAUGUGGAGCACCUGGCUGGUCGACCCUGGCAGAAACUGGAGACUUACCCCAAGGCUGGCCAUGGCGGACUGACUUUACUUCAUCUUGCGGCGGCCCUUGGCUACGCCAAACUCAUCAGCUCACUUGUUAGGUGGAGAUCUGACAUCUCUAAUUUAGUUUUAGAAUAUGAAGUUGAUGCUCACAGUGUGGACAACCAUGCCUGUACUCCAUUGAUGUGGGCAUGUGCAAGAGGAAAUAUUGACGCUUCACUGACGCUGUAUCAUAUCAACACGGGGCCACUCAGCAUCUGUAACAAGGAUGGACGUCUCCCGCUCACCGUUGCCCGAAGCAAGGGACAUCACAACCUUGCCAAUCAAAUCGAGCAGUUGGAGCAAGCUCGUCUGCAAGCCCCGCCCCCUUUCCCCCCAUGCACAUCCACAGCAUCAUUUGCUGGCGCAACUUCUUCUUUCACAACCUCGGACUCUAUCACUGCGUGUGACCUGUCACCAACUCCUUGCCAUAUAUUCCCCAGUUCUCACAAAAACAUUUGUGAUGAGAAACAGGAAAACCUUCACAUCGACAUACCUCCUCCCCCUCCCUACCCAGGGGAUUCCAAGCUCGUCCGGCGACUCAGUGAACAAGUCAUUGGCACCUGUCAUCGCCAACUUAGCAAACGCUAUUCGGUGGAUAUAUUGCCGAGUGGGGCAACAAACGACCAGACCUCGCCCCAACAUGACGCUUUUCAGAAGCCAAUUCGGGAGGCCAAUUCUGAGCCACAUCUGUCAUUGGUUGGUGAUCAUCCAAUCAGUGCAGUGACGGACUCUGCCUUGCUACCAGUUGCUCAACGUGAUCUGGCAUCGCCAGAUAUUCUCAUGCAGACCGAGUCUUUGCUCAACACCAUAGCGACGGAGUCUGGGAAGGAGACGGAUGGUCUCCUCAUGCAGAUGGACACAGAUGAGGUAUCAUCGGUGCGGAGUGACAGCCCUUUCAUUGAUGUAGAAAAGAUCUCAUCUGACGAGGAGGCGGAACACAAGGCAGCUGUUGCUGCUGCUGCUGCUGCCGCCGCCGCUGCUGUAGCAUCUGGUGAAGGUGGGGAUCAUGAAGGCAAGAACCAAAUGGUAACCCUUGCCAACCAGAUCAUCGCAGCCAUGCCAGAGCGUAUCAAGCUGUCUCCUGCCAAGGAGGAAGAGUGUGGAGUGAGCAGUCGAGCUCGGAGUGAGUCCUACAGCUCGGCCCCGUCUCAAGGCUCACCUCCCACCUCAUCCUUCGGGGAUGAUUCUGGAAUCUCAACACCCAUGACAGAUAGUCUGGCCUUUGAUGAGUACAGGUACACAGACCUGGGCACCCCUGCCUCGUCCCUGAGCCCGGACUCUACCUGUCUGCCCAGCCCCUACAGCCCCUACAGUUCCUACAGUUUCACUCUGGACUCCCCGCCCCCCACCACUGCUGACUUCACCGAGUACUUCAACGCACCAGCCACGUACAUGGAGAAGGACUUUUCCCAACUCACACUCUCAGAUCAGGAACAGAGAAAGCUGUACGAGGCUGCCAAGGUGAUCCAGAAUGCGUAUCGGCUGUAUCGGGAUAAACAACAACUGCAGCAGCAGCGACAGAAGGAGAUAGAAGCCGCCAUCUUGAUCCAGAGCUACUAUCGGCGAUACAAACAGUAUGCAUACUUCAAGAAGAUGACCCAGGCAGCAGUGUUGAUCCAGAAUCAGUUCCGGAGUUACUACGCACAGAAACGUCUCAAGAAGAACCGAGACCCUGCGGCUGGCCUGCAGCGACAAGGACCGGAGAGACUGAAGAAGGGCCGCAACCAGUCCGUGAUCAUCCAGCAGAGAUACAGGUCUCACUAUCAGAGGAAGACGGAGAAGGAGGGUCGACAGUUGUCGGCUGAUGCAGCAGAUAGCUCCCCACCCCCCGAGCAAAGCAGCACAUCCAGAGACGGAACCCCACCAGUCGAUGCUGAGCCAGAUAUCCCCUACCCAGAAGAAGAGGAUGGGUGAGCCACCGUCAGGGACAGACACGCCCACCCACUGCUGGAUCUGUGACUGGGCAUGGCUGUUCAUCUUGGUGACACCCUCGGGAGGACAACCUCUGUCUGAACCACAAUGCCCAUGUCACGCUGUGUUCAACUGCUUAGGUAGCAAUGGCCUCCGGAGGACUUGUGAAGGAACAAGCUGUCGUUGUUGUCAGGUUGAGCCGUGUCGUUCUUUGACAUGCCUCGUCAGUAUGGGUUGGGACGUGAUGUAAAAGGGUGUGUAGCCUAUGUAUGUGUGACACCGGCGUUGUGAACAAGCUGUGGAAAUAGGCUUGCUGUGAAAUACCCACAGUUUCAACCCUUUGCUGUUUCAAGUUUGUCAUGGCUCGUCGUGGACUUUCAGGUUUGAUUCGUGACAAAUAGCUGCCAACUGUCCCAUUUUUUUAAUGUUUUUGUUACGAAUUUGCAACUUUUGUCCUUAAUUCCUGUUAAGAAUAUGCCAAUCUACAUAAAAAUAUCACAAGGUUUCAAUUUUCAUAGACACUGAUAAAGAGAGGGUCAUUAUUUAGCCUUACACCGUCAGCUAUAAAUGCUUCAUGUUUAUCGACUGGUAUAUCAUCAUAUUUAUAGGGUUGCAUUUGUUCAAUUGAGACACUCCACGGUAUUAUUGAAAGUUGCUUAAGUCGAGAUAGAAACAAACUUUAAAAUUAUGAACUGAGUUUCGGAAUCACAUGUCUG